AUGAACUAUUUUGCACCAACAAGUAUUUUCCGCUUACCGGAAGAAAGACAAAAGAAAAAAACGAGAUGCAGAUUAUUGUAUAACUUAUUGAGCAAGGCGUAUGACUUUGGUAUUAGCUACCCAAACUCUAUAUUAAAUGAACUUGGAUUGUCAUUUAUUCCGAACUUUUUUUCGAUUAGUCCAGCAUUGUGUUCAAUGUGUACUUGUAUUGCAUUUCUUGCUAUUACAUCCUCUGUCGGCAUUGGUUUAGGUGUUGGGCUUGGUGUUGGAUUGAACUGUCCAAAAUCUCUUGAUUUUGUUUCAAGUAAUAUAAAUGUAAGCAAUAUCACAACUUCAACUAUAAGCAGUAUCGCGAAUUCAACUAUAGGCAACAACACUAGCGUAACUGCUGGUUGA